AUGAAACAAUUCUUCAAAAGAACUUCUCAGUCGUACUCUUUGUGCUUCCUUUUCUCUUCGCCUGAAGUCAAAUGUCAUGUCGAAAUACAAAAAGCAAUAUGGACUGUAAGUUUCUAUAAUGAAAUUGAGCGUUUUUUACUUUUGAAAUUGAAACAUUGUACGGAGAAAAUUCAUCGAUUUUUUUGUAACCCGAAUGGAAAAUGUAAAUUUUGGAAACAUGUUGAAGCAGCCUCGACAAAACAUUGUAUCAAAACACUAAAGAGUGCUAUGCAAGUAAUAGCUUUGUCAAUUCAUAACUCGAGAGCUCGUUCAACAACUCAUUGUUGGAUAAUUGUUGCAAAAAUUACAAAUUCUGUCCUCAAUAUGCAAAUGUUUAAUUCCAAAAAUGGAUCGAAAACUUUCACGAGAAAUUACAAGCAGUUGACGUCAAAAGUUUCUCAAAUUUUUUAA